AUGCCUUCCUCCAGGCUCAUUCUCAAGUGGAACGAGUUUUUGCGCCUCCUGUAUGGAGUCAUUCAGAAAAGCAAGAAACCCUCAGGGGACGCAAAGAGCGACACCAUUGUGCUGAGCGACCGGCCCCAGGUGCUGUUCAGAGAGUCUCGGUACCCUCAGCCCAUGCCCAUCAUCUGCCACUACUUCAUCGAAGCCCACUUCUUUGCCUCCCUCUCCUGGAUAUCAUCCUACACAAAAGAGACCCUGGCUGUGGUGUGGAUGAGGAACCAAACUGAUGACAUGGUUGAAAAGAGAACCUUCUCAAUGACGGAGCGGCUGCCGCCCAUCCGGUCCAUGGUCCACACGGGUCCCUUCCAUCUCCUCGUGGCCUACUGCGGAGACAUGAUCUUGAGGCUCUUUGGGGACCAUUUUAGGUCAUUCAAAUCCCUGUGUACCGUGCCUUGCCGCUUUGAUGUCAGCUGCCUCUGCUUUGAUCCAGAAACCAAGAUGCUUCUGUCGGGAAUCCUGGGGGCGGUGGCGACCUGGACCAUCGAGCAGAGCGGCAAGGGUCUCCAGAUGAUGCAGAUGUUCCCCAUCCCUGGUGACGAGCUGGUCCACGACAUUGUUCUCAACGGCCCCAACGGCUGCCUCGUCGCCCUGUGCGAGACGACGCUGAGAGUCCUUUACUGCCAGAGCCAGGGCCAGCUGGGCGAGGUCCAGAAGUUCACAGUCACCAACAGCGGGUCUCCCAUCACGUGCUGUUUCACGUGUCAUGAGAGGGACCUUCUCUACGCCGGGAACAAGGCCGGGGAGGUCCAUGUCUGGAACCUCAGCCGGACCCAGUCCGUCCACGGCUUCAGGGCUCACCCUACCUCCGUGGUGUGCAUACAGAGCCGGUCAGAGGCCCACACCCUGCUGACGGCUGGCAAGGAAGGCAUGAUGAAAGAGUGGAACCUCACCUCGGGGAACCUGCUCCGGCAACUGGAGCUCGGCGAGGAGCUGCUGGGCCUCCAGUUUAUCGACAACGCUACCUUCUUCUGCCAGACGGCUCACAGUUUCUUCUUGCGCCAUCUGCCCUCCUUCUACAGUCUCUUCUGCGUCUGCGGUUCCGCCCCGCAGCUGUUAAGCCGGAUCUACUGUAAAGACAACUGCUUCCGGAUCCUGUGCGCCACCGAGGACGGCCUGCUGCACUUUGUGUCUCCUGUGACAGGGGACCUUCUGAUUGUUACUUGGCCUUUCUCAAUCCUUGACCAUGCCGUGGCCUGGGCCUACAACCCGAGCAAAGAGGAGCUUGUCGUAGCCACAGGCAGCUCGGAGGUGCUGGUGUUUGACACGACCCGCAACCCCUGCCCGGUCAAGUAUCUGCUGUGCACUUCCCCCGAUGCUCAGGACUUCGUCCACUGCCUGGCUUACGGCAACUUUUACCUGGGGCGGGGGCUGGAGGGGCUCAUCUUCUGCGGGCAUCAGAGUGGUACGUUGAGAGUGCUUUCCCAGCAUAGCUGCGCCAGAGUUAAGAAACUCAUGCACUCUGGGGCCGUCCUGGCUCUGUCAGUGCUCUACGGAGGGCUCUUCAGCAGCCGAGAAAACACUCUGCUUUGUUCCUAUGGGAUGGAUGACUACAUACACCUGUCAGAAGUGGUGUUCGCCACGGCCAGGUUACAAAUCCGGGCCCUGGCUAGCAUCCUCAGCAGCUGUCAGGUGAAGCACCUCGUCCUCUUGCCGAGGGCCGUGGGCGCCAUCACCGACACCAGCUGCCUCCGGCUCUGGAAGUUCCAUGAUUUUAUGUCCUUUGGGUCACAAAAGGGCACCCGAUUCAUCGAGACGCUGCCUCUCCACCAGUGUGCCAUCACCAGCUUUGACGUCUGCCUGGCCCUGAGUCUCUUCGUCACGGGUGGUUCCGAUGGCUCCGUCCGCAUCUGGGAUUUCCACGGCAGACUGGUAGCCAUGCUGGACUCGUCCCUGCACUUUGGCCCGCUCUGCUUCGCCAAUGACCGGGCCGACUUGCUCGUGGCUUUCAACCAGAGUAUUUACCUGGUGUCCUGUCUGGAACUGCUCCCCCCAUCCGCGCUCUCUAACCUCGCCCUCUUGAGCAUAAUGGAUGACGUGGUAGAAGUCCCCAAGCCUUUCACGCCGGGAUUCUUUUUCUCUUUCGAGACCAUAUAUGUGCCGAAGUACAGCUACCAAGACAAACAGAAACAGAACCUCGAAGGCCUGGCCAGGCUCGUCAAUAAGCGGGCCAUUGCCUUUGACAAUAACGUGCCACAUGUUGUCGAAGAGGAGCAGGAUGGGAAAGCUGUGCUGCUGAUCGCUCCCUGGUACGACUCUUUGGAGGGAGCUGAGGUGGACGAAUCUGAGAGGCCAGUCCAAACCCGUCACGUGGUCCCUCCCCAGUUACAGCUGACUGCCUGGGACGGCCUCAACCCGUACCAGAUACUGCGGUGUUACCUUGGGCAGGAGAGGAAGUGGCUUCUCGCCCCUGAUUGCCAUAUCCCCAACUCAGUGAUCCGUGCCCGGCUCUGGCCAGAGGGCAGCCCCAUCUUCCUCCAGUGCGGCCUGCACUCACCCAGGCGGGAUCUGAGCUGGGAAAAUGACGAGGAGCUGUUCUGGCACAGCAAGAUAAGAGCCAUGAGUGACUCGAGGACCGCUGCGGACAAAGAGGACGAAAGCUUCCUAAAAGCAAGACUGAGCAGGGACAUCACUUACAGCGUCCUUACUGACACGGUGAGCCGCAGCUGGCUGGGGAGGAAGAUGAGCGAAGUCGCCAUCAGCAGCCUGACCGAGACGAUCCUCAGCGUCAUGAGCCGCUGUAACCCGCUGAAAUACCAGUGCUGCAUUGGCGCGCUGGGACAAAUCUUCGCCUUGUACCAGGUGACUCCGGCUCUGCGCUCGGAGACCGCGCGCCGUCUGCUGGAUGACACGACCAACUCCAACCCCCAGAUCCGGGAGCUAGCCUGGGAAGGGCUGAAGCGCCUCGGGAUGAUUACCCACUACUUUGCCUUGCCUCUGACCCAGGGACUGUUGGACAAGGACCCGAGGGUGAGGGCUAAAGUCAUGGCUUUAAUGCCCGAGACCGGAAUCCACUCAAAGACCUCACUCUUAAACCUGAUCCAGAAAUCGGACCUUUUCCAGGAUUUGCAGCAGGAGAUGAUUGGGGAGGAGUCCCUGGACCAUCUUCUGGGGAUGCGGCCCACAGACAUCCAAAUCCUCAAGAAUCAAAUAGAGCAGUGGUUAAGCGACAAUCUGUCGAUGGCCAAAGAGAGGCUUGAUUUUUCUUUUGAACUCCCGGCGAGUACUGCACCUCAUAAGGUCUUCUCCUGGCUGCCUGACUCGGCCCCUGAGGAACCUGAAGUCAAGUCCAUCAAGAGGCAAAGACGAGUCCGGUCAGCAGGCAAAAAACGGGUCCGGAAAUUGUUGCGAGGUCUCAGGAAGCUGAAGGAGGCAGCUAAAGAGCAGAAACCAGAGGCCGCUCCUGUAGAGGAGAUAAGUGAGGUGCGCGAAGCCGAAACCCCCUACGCCAGGUCUUCAGCUGGUAGCCCCCUGACGAGCCCAAAGGAUGCUGAGAUCUCAGAAGACAACAUCAUUAAGGAAUACCUUUCUGUGGCCAUGAAGCUGAGGAAAAAGCGGAAAGCCGCAGACAAAAGAGAAAAGAAAGCUUCCAAACCCAGCGAGCAGAGGAAGAAGAAGAAGAAAAAGAAGAAGAAGAAGAAGCAAGAAGAAGGAGAAGAAGAAGCAGACGCUGAGGCCAUGGCUGAGGAAAUCUUGCCUCCCGUGGUCACGGAACCUCCUCCACCGCCGAGGAGAAAGCAGAAAGCCUCUGGGAGGGGCAUCUCGGGGAGACCCGGCCGGGUUCUCUCUAUAGACAGCGAGUGGCGGGAUGACCUCUGUCGGCUCAUGAACCUAAGGAUAGCUGGUUCCCAGCCAAAGAUGCAGAAGGAUCUGAACACUGAACUGCUGGCCACAGCUACAGAGGUGCUGAUGGAUAAUCUUCCGAGCUGGGAAGUCUUUGAGGAAAUCUGCCCCUUGUUGGAGGGAGAAAGGAUAGGCGGUCCCCCGGACACUAAGAGGGGAGUACCCUGGCAGGAUGAAAAACCAGGUGUUACUGGUGAAGAAGAAAUCAGAGAGGCUGAGGCAGCCAUAAGCGAGGAGGAGAUGCCGGCGGCUGCAGAAGAAACACUGGAAAAAGAGGUGGAGGCAGAGCCCGUGGCUCCGGAAAAGGCCAAGAAAAAGGAGGUUGUUUUCUUAGACCUGGAUGAGGCAGUCAAGAAGGAAAGACCCGAGAGGAAGAAAAAAGCUAAGAAGGAGAAAAGGAAGGAAGCUAAAAAGGAGAUGGCGGUCUCUGAAGACAGAGAGAGACCAGGGGGAGGAGAAGGAGGGGAAGAGCCUGCUGCGAUGCCGGUGUUGGAAGUAAAGGCCAGAAAGGAGGUAGUGGUUGAACCCGAACAGCAGCCAGCGGGGCCUGAGAGGAAGCUGUCUUGGGUGGAAUGGAAGACAGCCUGGGAUGAGUGGCACCAGGCCCAAAGUCAGAGGGCAGUGCCUUGGGAAGGAUGGAAGAAAGAAUGGGACAGGAAGUAUUUUGAAGAGCAGGAGAGACUGCAGGCUGAAGGGAAACUGCCGGCCAGCGAGGAGAAAGAAAGGAAGAGGAAGCUAACUUGGGAUGACUGGAAAGAGAUCUGGGAAGACCUUUCGAAGACCAAAACCCAGAAGGAGCUGGAUUUGAUAGUCCCACUGUUCGAAGAGGCCGAGGUGGAAUCUGAGGAAGAAGAGCUUCUGGAAGAGCAGAGAGAGAUCGAAAAGGCGCAGAGGGAGGCCAGGGAAGAGUGGCAGCGAGCCAAAGAUGAAAGAGAGCGCGCCAAGGAGCAGGCCUUGCUGGCAAAAGAGGAGCAGAAACUGGCCCAGGAAGAGGAAAGGCUAGCUCAGGAAGAGGCAAAACUGGCCCAGGAAUACAUGAGGAAGGCUUCUUCCGCAGAAGGGGAGCAGGCCAGCCAAGAGAUGAGCCUUGCUGAGAGGCAGGCGCGCCUGGCCAGCGAAGAGGAGCUCCUAAGCCAGGAAGCCAAGAUACUGGCCCAGAAAAAGAAGAAACUGGCCAGGAAGCUCGAGAAACUGGCUCGCGAAGAGGAGGCCAUAGCCAAGAAAAUGGAGAAAGUGGCGGACGUGCAAGGAGUGCUGGCCCGGAAGAUAGAAGCCGCGAUCCUGAAGGAGAAGAGUCUGGACCUGAAGGAAAAGGAGCUGAGAGAGGAGGCGAGGAUCCUGGAAGAGGAGAUGAGGGAGCUCGCUUGGAAGGAGGACGAACUCCAUGAGGAAACCGAGAGACUGGAGGAGAAGUGGGUGGAGCUCGCUGAGGAGGAGGAAGAGCUGGCCUGGCUCGAGGGGAAGCUGGCCUCGGAGGAGAGGAGCCUAGCCCAGGAGGAGGAGCAGCUGGUAGAGGACGAGAAGAGGCUGGCCGAGAAGGAAGACCGGACGCCCGAAGAAGAGAAGGAGCUAGAGGAGAGGAAGGAGACACUCAGAGAGAAGAAAGAAAAACUGGCCCAGGAGAAGAAGAGGCUGGCUCAGAGGCGGAAGGAGCUGGAAGCGAAGAAGAGAAGACUGGCCCAGGAGGAAGGUGCUCUGGCCCGGGAAAAGCAUCUGCUGGCUCUGGAAAAACAAAGACUGGCCGAAAGGGAAGUGGCCAUCCAGGACAACCAAAGAAAGCUCCUCAAGGAGAGAGAGCAAGCACAGGAGGCAAAAAGCAACCUGGAGACGGCCCGGGAGAAACUGACCAGACUGUUGGACAAGCUGAAGAAGGAGAAGGGGCUCCUCAUGGGGAAGAGGGAGAAGCUGAUCGAAGAGCAGAGGAAGGUGAUGGAGGCAGACAUGUUCCUGGCAGAACGGCAAGAGAAAUUAGCCCAGGAGAAGAUGCAGCUCGCCGAUGAACUCAAGACAACCAUCGAGCGAAGUAUCCUCUUCAGAGAGCAGACAGAGCUCACUGAGGAGUGGAUGGCCUUGACUGACAAAAUGAAAAGGGUGGCCAAGGAGAGGCAGCUGCUGGCAGGUGAGGCAGAGCUGAUCCCCGGUAGUGGGGCGGAAGACGAGAGACCAAGGCAAAGAAGGCUGUCUAAGCAUGAAGCCGAUCUGAUGAAGAAGAGAGUGCCUGCGCUGGAGGAGGAGCUCACCGCCUACCAAGACAGGCUGCUGGCUAUGGAGGAAAAGGACGAGGCCAGGGGGAGUCUGGAGCUUACCAGAGGGCAGCGGAUACAUGCCCAAGAAAAAAGGAAAUUAGCCAGCGCCUCCAGGAAGCUGUACAAAGAGGCAGAGGUCUCCAAGGAGCCGGCACAAACGAGUAGCUCCUUAAAGGAGCUUCAAAAACUAGUCAAGAAAGCAAGGAAAGUGACACAGAAAGAGACCAAGAUGGCCAAGAUAAAGCAGAUGCUGUUUGCUAAGGAGGCCAGGCUGAGUCUGGAGGAGGCCAGACUGGACACCAAGGAGUUGGGUGACGCUUCUGAGGAGCAGCGGGGUGUCGCCGCGGACGAGAGGAAGCUGGCCGAGGAGGAGAGGAGUCUGGCCAAGGAGAUGCGAAAACUGAGGAGCCAAGAGCAAAAACUGGUCGAGGAAGAACGUAGCUUCCGCUGGGAGCUCAAGCUCCCCGAGAUCGAUGAAGACCUCGAUGCCGAGGAGGAGGGGACUCUUGGGGCAGACAAGGGAGCUCUGGUCUUCAAAAAGUCGUGGCAGAGGAGAGAAGCAGUGACCGAACCUCUCCCUGGAAUGGAAAAGUUUUACGGCCUGUUGGAAGAGGUAGAAAGGAAAGAGAGCUUUGCUCAGGCGCUAGAGAGCCUGUUAGAGGAAGUGGAGGAAGAGAGUUUGUCUGAGGGAGAGGAGGAGGAGAGGGAGGAGGAGGAUAGGGAGGAGGAGGAAGAGGAGAGGGAGGAGGAGGAAGAGGAGAGGGAGGAGGAGGAAGAGGAGGAAGAAGAGGAAACGAAGGAGGAGGAGAUAGAAAAGAAAGAGAAAAAGAGGAAAAAGAAAGUGCCUGAGGAAGAGGAGGAGGAGGAGGAGGAGGAAGAAGAGGAGGAGGAAGAGACUGAAGAAGGCAUGGCUGAGGAAGGCGUAGAAAGGGCGAGUGACAUAGAAAAGGAAGAGGAGAGACCCUUAGUGGAAAAAGCAAGGAAGGAAGAGGUGGCGUUAAAAAGAGAAAAAAGGAAGAUCCUACAGGAAGAAAGAAGGAAGGCCCUAGCACGACAGGAAGUGUUCCCUCCCAUUGGACAAGGAAUCCCCGAGCUCAAGGGGAGCAGUAUAAGGCUGGAAACUCCGAAAAGCCCUCUCCUGAAACUAGGCCUCGAGGUGGGAAAGAGGGCGCCGUUUCCGCCAGAAGCAAAGCCAGUGUUGGCGGAAGAGAAGGCCGCCAUGCUUGAGAUAGGCAAGAUAUACCUGAAGACAAAGUUGAUGGAAGAAGAAAGGGAAGUGGGUGCGAUCUCAGCAUACGAACCGACAGACACGUUAACACCACUCACGUCUCAAAUGCUUCGAAGGGCCGUGCACGCUCACAAGCUCCAGCACGCAACGCCGCCACCCAGGCUGAGGUGGAUUGUGCAGCGUCGUCACCCUUCUCUGGUAAGACCAACAACAGCCCGACGGCUGCGGCCCUCGGAGACCUUGGCGAAGGACCGGCACUCGGGGGUAGGCAUCUCAGACGUAGAAUGGCUGCACUGCGUCUUAGAGCAGAUGGCGGCCGGCGAAGAGCUCCCUAGAGACAGUUUCCACAGACUGUGCCAGCUCCUCAAAGACCUCACCUCAGCGGGAGACCUGGAGUGGCUGCACCUGGCGAUACUUAAAACCAUCGUGCACCAUCACAAACAGGCCGCGGACUCUCGGGGCGCGCCCAGACCCGGCAGGGAACCCAUGAGCGCCAAACAUCUGAAAGUGAUCCCUCCCAUAAAGGGAAAGGAGAGCUGGCUGAAACCUUCAGCCGUCCCCACCACCCCAGGGUCCCCAUUCGCUACCAAAAGGGUCACAGACCCGGAGGCCCUACACUGGCAUCUUCUAGGCGAGCCGUACAGAAGCGCGCGCCUACAUCAGCUGUCCAGUGUUGUUGAGGAAGUGGAGACUCAGUCUCUCCAUCCUACCACGAGAGAUAUUUUAACCGGUGCCCCCCGUUCCUCUGUAGACAGACAGACCCUGGCACUAAUGUUUCAAAAGGACUUCGGGGAUCUAAAAGGUAAAAGCAGGUAUCCCAAACUGCCUAAGCUGGGGAAAAAGCCCAGCUCCAAAACGAAGGAAGAGGCACCUCCGUGGGAGACGUUCGUGGCGCUCUACCACGUGUUGCUGAUGCUGCGGCAGCGCUACGCCAAAGACGCGGCUACAUGGAUGGAGAAGUUUCACCAGCUCAUGGACCUGUACCAGAUCAAGUCCCCCCGGAUCCAGAGGCUGCUGCAGGACCUGCUGCUGAGAGAAGAGCCUCCACGCCGCGAGUUCGUGUCCCGCGAGGCCCUGGAGGCCACGGAGCUGCUGCCCGGGGAGCGGCUGCUGUACUGCCUGGUUUGCGGUGGCUCCCACCCGCGACCUAUCCCUCUGGAGUUCCAGGGCGUCAUCCCGCUCCCCGAACGGAACAACGUGCACACCUUCCGUCCCAAAGGCAUCGCCAAGUACGGAAUCCUUGAGCUAGCCUGGAAGAGGCUGCCUCAAGCUGAUAUUCACCUCCUCAAGAAAGCGCCUCUCCUUAUGGCUCCCACUCUUUAA